AUGAGCAAUUUUCAUAAAGAACCUCACGAAAUCGGUUUGCAAACUGAUCCCGAUCCAACUGACGUUGCUAUAAUUUCACUUUUACAAAAAAAAUACUCGUUCAGUGUUUCUUCUUUUCCAACUUUAGGAAAUGAUAAACUGAAUGAAAUAUUGAAAAUUUCUUCUGGUAAUUAUUCAAAUGGCAGCAACCUUCAAAAUUCAAAACAAUCAUCGUCGUCACCCUUACUAAUUAAUGCAACUACUAAUGAGAUUGAUAAAACAUUAAAUAGCGCAUCACAAAAGAAUCUUAUUGAAUCAUCAAGUUCAGCCACAACAAAUAAAUUGAUAUACGUUCCUCCUCAACAACGCGUUAAUAAUCACAAAGACCAUACUGAUGAAUCUGAUUCAUUUUUUAAACAGCCUGUAAAAGAGAAAUCAUUGUAUAAAAUUCCACAAAGAUCAACAUCAUAUAAAGAAGAAAAUCAUUCAACUACCACUAAUAAAGGUUCUUGGGAUAGUAUUCCACCACAGCAAUCAACUAAAAAUGAUGAUUGUAUCACGUCUGCUUCAUCACCACAACAACAAUCAACUAAUAAAAACGCUUGGGAUACCGUUCCACAGCAAUCUACUAAUAAAGGUGGUGGUUGGGAUGUUGUUCCACCACAGAAGCCAAUUAAAAAUGAUGAUUGGAUCACGUCUGCUCCACCACCACAACAAUCGGUCAAAAAAAAUGAUUGGGACACAUUUGCUUCUUCGCCACCACCACAACCGGCCAAAAAAGAUGAUUGGAACACAUUUGCUUCGUCGCUACCACCACCACCACAACAAUCAUCACUUAAAGUAGAUAGUUGGGGCACAAAUGCUCAACAACAACAAUCAACUGAUCAAUUAACUAAUAAAGGUGGACCUACUUGGAAUGUUGCUACACCAUCAUCAACUAACAUAGAUGAUCGGAGGGAUACUGCACCACAGCAAUCAAAUAUACAAACACCAUGGGGCACCACUACUACUGACACAUCAUCAGGUGUAGUAGCAGAUAAUUCAAACAACAGAAAUUCUUGGUUGAAACAAGCAGCUGCAUUUGAGGAAGAACUUGGCACAAAAAAUACUACUGAUAAUGAAAAUACCGCAAAACCACCAAGAGACAAUUAUAAUGAAGGUUAUUCAAAUAAUAAUAAUGGAUACGAAUACCAGAAUUAUGGCAAAAGAGGUGAUAUGGCAUGUUAUAAAUGCAAUGAAACUGGUCAUAGAGCAUUUGAAUGUCCCAAUGAUUCAACUAUGAAGAUAUCUGAAGAGGAAGCAUGGGAAAAGAUGAUGAAAGCUGAUGCAGAGAAAAACAUUGAAGAUUUUAAGGAGAUGUUUGAACAUUAUUCCAAAGCAGCAGCCAGUGAAACUUUUCAGACAAUUGAGACCAAAUUAAGAAAAGCUGGAUGCAAUACAAAAAUAAUAGCUUUGGAACGAGAGGCAAUACCUUUGAGAAAAUGUUUGAUUGAUCUUCAAGGAAAUAAAGAAAAAAAAUACUUGGCUAUUUUAACUAUGACAGAUCCAAACAAGCUUCCAAAAUCUUCAGGAAAUAGAGCUGUAGAUGCGGAAGAAAAUUUUAGGUGGCUUGCAGAUUCGGGUUUUAUGAAAGAUGAUUUUUCUUUACCAGUAUGCUUCAAUUGUAAACAAAAAGGUCACCUUUCAAAAGAUUGUUCCGAACCAAAAAAAGAAUACAAACGUACAUAUUUGGCAUGCCAAAAUUGUGAUUCUACUGAACAUAUUACUAAAUAUUGUAAAGAAGAACGUCGUGAUUAUGAAAGUCGAAGAGGUGGUGAUCGUGGUAGACAAUCAGGUGGUAGAGAAUGUUAUAAAUGUGGUUCAUCUGAUCAUCUUGCUCGUGAAUCAGCUGAAUCAGCAAAAUCUAAUUGGGGCGUGGUCGAGAAUCCUGUUGAAGGGAAAUCAACUGGCGGAGGCGAAAUUGCUUUUGUCACUCAAUCUGAUUCCACUUCUACAUGGAACAAUAAUAAUACUUCUCAUGGUGGUUAUCGAAACAAUACUGGUAAUGAUGCCGUACCAAGGUGGUAG